GAGAAUUGGGGGUGAAAAAUGUGAAAUUUUGUGGUUUAAAAAGGGAAUUUUUAACCUAAAAAUUGGGAAUUUGUCGCCUCACAACCACUUCCCGCCCUUUUUGGUUUCCAUGGCAACCACUUCCCGCCCUUUUUCCGUCUCCAUAGCAACCACUUCCGGCUUUUUCCGUCUCCAUAGCAACAGCUCUGGCCACUUCCGUCUCCUUCACGGCAUCACUUCCGCCUCUCUAAGAUGGCGGCGGCCGGGCCGGGCCCGCUCCCGGAGGCUCCGGGCGGCUCCGGGACGGCCCCGGGCGGGCCCCGAACGGCCCCGGAGGGUCCCGGGAGCGGCUCCGGGAGCGGAACCGGCAGCGGAACCGGGAGCGGGGCCGGGAGCGGCGGCGGGAGCGGCAGCGGAGGCGGGAGGGGCCCGGCGGGAGCGGCGCGGGACGCGGAGGUGGCGGUGGAGAUCGGGGAGACGUAUCUGUGCCGCAGGGCGGACGGCAGCUGGCACUCGGCCGAGGUGAUCCAGUCCCGCCUGAACGAGCAGGAGGCGCGGGAGGAGUUCUACGUGCACUACGUGGGCUUUAACCGGCGGCUGGACGAGUGGGUGGACAGGAACCGGCUGGCGCUGUCCAAGAGCCUGAAGGAGGCGGCGCAGAAGAGCUCCGAGCCCUUCCUGGGCGAGCUGGCCGAGCCCGAGAGGAAAAUCACCCGCAACCAGAAACGCAAACACGACGAGAUCAACCACGUGCAGAAGACCUACGCCGAGAUGGACCCGACCACGGCGGCGCUGGAGAAGGAGCACGAGGCCAUCACCAAGGUGAAGUACGUGGACAAGAUCCACAUCGGGCACUACGAGAUCGACGCCUGGUACUUCUCGCCCUUCCCGGAGGACUACGGGAAGCAGCCCAAGCUCUGGAUCUGCGAGUUCUGCCUCAAGUACAUGAAGUUCGAGAGGAGCUACCGCCUGCACCUGGGGCAGUGCCAGUGGCGGCAGCCGCCGGGGCGGGAGAUUUACCGCAAGGGCAACAUCUCCGUGUAUGAGGUGGACGGCAAGGACCACAAGAUCUAUUGCCAGAACCUGUGCCUGCUGGCCAAGCUGUUCCUGGACCACAAGACGCUUUAUUUCGAUGUCGAACCCUUCGUCUUCUACCUGCUGACCGAGGUGGAUCGGCACGGCGCCCACAUCGUCGGCUACUUCUCCAAGGAAAAAGAGUCUCCGGACGGGAACAACGUGGCCUGCAUCCUGACCCUGCCCCCGUACCAGCGCCGCGGCUACGGGAAAUUCCUCAUCGCCUUCAGCUACGAACUCUCCAAGCUGGAGAGCACCGUCGGCUCCCCGGAGAAGCCGCUCUCGGACCUGGGCAAGCUCAGCUACCGCAGCUACUGGUCCUGGGUGCUGCUGGAGAUCCUCAGGGACUUCCGGGGGACCCUGUCCAUCAAGGACCUCAGCCAGAUGACCAGCAUCACGCAGACCGACAUCAUCAGCCCAUUGGGAUGGGCAGUGCCGGGGGUCGGUGCCAUGGGGUCAGUGGUCACUGUGGUCACUCAGUGGUCACUCCCAUGGGUCAGUGGUCACUCAGUGGUCACUCAGUGGUCACUCACUGGUCACUCAAUGUCCAGCCAGAUGACCAGCAUCACGCAGACCGACAUCAUCAGCCCAUUGGGAUGGGCAGUGCCGGGGGUUGGUGCCAUGGGGUCAGUGGUCACUGUGGUCACUCAGUGGUCACUCCCAUGGGUCAGUGGUCACUGUGGUCACUCAGUGGUCACUCAGUGGUCACUCAGUGGUCACUCUCUCCAGCCAGAUGACCAGCAUCACGCAGACCGACAUCAUCAGCCCAUUGGGAUGGGCAGUGCCGGGGGUCGGUGCCAUGGGGUCAGUGGUCACUGUGGUCACUCAGUGGUCACUCCCAUGGGUCAGUGGUCACUCAGUGGUCAGUGGUCACUCAGUGGUCACUCUGUCCCCAGCCAGAUGACCAGCAUCACGCAGACCGACAUCAUCAGCCCAUUGGGAUGGGCAGUGCCGGGGGUUGGUGCUGUGGGGUCAGUGGUCACUCCCGUGGGUCAGUGGUCACUGUGGUCACUCAGUGGUCACUCAGUGGUCACUCAGUGGUCACUCUCUCCAGCCAGAUGACCAGCAUCACGCAGACCGACAUCAUCAGCCCAUUGGGAUGGGCAGUGCCGGGGGUUGGUGCCAUGGGGUCAGUGGUCACUCCCAUGGGUCAGUGGUCACUCCCAUGGGUCAGUGGUCACUCAGUGGUCACUCAGUGGUCACUCAGUGGUCACUCCCCAGCCAUAUGACCAGCAUCACGCAGACCGACAUCAUCAGCCCAUUGGGAUGGGCAGUGCCGGGGGUUGGUGCCAUGGGGUCAGUGGUCACUGUGGUCACUCAGUGGUCAC